AUGGGUGACGAUAACGCUCCGAAGGAAAAGAACAACGAGCCGAUAAACCUUACUGUACAUGGUCAGGAUGGCUCUGUAAUCCAUUUUAAAAUCAAGCGCACCACGCCCUUCAAAAAACUUAUGAACGCUUAUUGCCAGCGGCUGUUGGAUUUGCAUGAUAACGACACAAUAGAGGUUUUCCAGACUCAGACUGGUGGAUAUUGA